CGCCGUGAGGGCGGGGAGAGGCCGCCGCCAUCUCCGGGACCGCCGCCCGAGCGGGCCGGGCCGGGCAGCCGGGCCGGCCGUGGGGCCAUGAGGAGCCGCAGCAACUCGGGGGUGCGCCUGGACGGCUACGCCCGCCUGGUCCAGCGGACCAUCCUCUGCCACCAGAACCCAGUGACGGGGCUGCUGUCGGCCGGGGCGGACCAUAAGGAUGCCUGGGUACGGGACAACCUCUACAGCAUCCUGGCUGUGUGGGGGCUGGGCAUGGCGUACCGCAAGAACGCCGACCGCGAUGAGGACAAGGCCAAAGCCUACGAGCUCGAGCAGAAUGUUGUGAAGCUGAUGCGGGGACUCUUGCAGUGCAUGAUGAGACAGGUAGAUAAGGUAGAGAAGUUCAAACGCACUCAGAGUACCAAAGACUGCCUCCAUGCCAAGUAUAACUCUGCAACGUGUGCCACGGUGGUUGGGGACGACCAGUGGGGGCAUCUACAAGUGGAUGCAACUUCCCUCUACCUGCUCUUCUUGGCACAGAUGACUGCCUCAGGGCUACGUAUUAUCUUCACCCUUGAUGAAGUUACCUUUAUCCAGAAUCUUGUUUUUUACAUAGAAGCUGCCUACAAAGUUGCUGAUUAUGGAAUUUGGGAACGUGGUGAUAAGACAAACCAAGGAAUCCCUGAACUGAACGCGAGCUCCGUAGGGAUGGCCAAAGCUGCUUUGGAAGCAAUUGAUGAACUAGAUCUUUUUGGAGCUCAUGGGGGACACAAAUCAGUGAUUCAUGUUCUUCCUGAUGAAGUGGAGCACUGCCAGUCUAUUCUGUACUCCAUGUUGCCAAGGGCAUCCACGUCAAAGGAGAUAGAUGCUGGCCUUCUGUCUAUUAUUUCUUACCCAGCUUUUGCAGUGGAGGAUGUAAACCUUGUUAAUGUGACCAAGAGCGAAAUCAUAUCCAAAUUGCAGGGCCGCUACGGCUGCUGUCGCUUUCUCCGAGAUGGUUACAAGACACCCAGAGAGGAUCCAAGCAGGUUGCACUAUGAUCCUGCUGAGCUCAAGCUCUUUGAGAAUAUUGAAUGUGAGUGGCCAGUGUUCUGGACAUACUUCCUAAUUGAUGGAAUAUUUAAUGAGGACAAAAUCCAGGUACAAGAAUACAGAGAGGCUCUGGAAGGAAUACUUAUUCGAGAGAAGAAUGGAUUAGUGCUGAUGCCUGAACUCUACGCAGUCCCUCCAGAAAAGGUGGAUGAGGAGUAUGAAAAUCCUCACACGGUGGAUCGUGUCCCAGUGGGAAAGUUGCCACAUCUUUGGGGCCAGUCAUUGUAUGUCCUGAGCUGCCUGUUAGCAGAGGGAUUUCUUGCUGCAGGUGAAAUUGAUCCUUUAAACAGGAGAUUUUCCACUGGAUUUAAACCUGAUGUUGUGGUACAAGUAACUGUUUUGGCAGAAUCAAAUCAGAUUAAGAAUCUCUUGCAAGACCGUGGAAUCAAUGUUCAGAGCAUUGCUGAUAUCCAUCCACUCAGGGUGCAGCCAGCUCGCAUCCUCAGCAACCUCUACACCAUGCUGGGCCGGAACAAGAAGAUGAAAUUAAGUGGCCGACCACACCGACACAUCGGAGUGCUGGGCACCUCCAAGCUCUACGUAAUAAGAAAUCAAAUAUUUGCUUUUACCCCUCAGUUUACUGACCAGCAUCACUUCUAUCUGGCUCUAGACAAUCAGAUGAUUGUGGAGAUGCUCAAGACAGAGCUGGCUUACCUCACUUCUUGCUGGAGGAUGACAGGGAGACCAACCUUGACAUUUCCCAUCACCCACACAAUGCUUGUUGAUGAUGGUACUGACAUUCAUCCAGCAGUUCUUGCCACAAUAAGAAAAUUAGAAGAUGGUUAUUUUGGAGGUGCAAGGGUGAAGAUAGGCAAGCUAUCAGAAUUUCUUACCACCUCUUUUCAUACAUAUCUGAGCUUCCUGGAUCCAGACUGUGACCUCAAACUGUUUGAUGACCGUAAUGACAGCUGUAAUAGUCCUGACAGUGAAUAUGGAGACUACUCAGCAGAUUUCUGUGAAAAAGAUAGCCAGGAUGAGCUGGAUCAGUAUAUAAAUGAUGUCCUGCAGAGCACAGCACUGAAGUCAUACCUGCCUCCACCUUCAAAGACAACGAGUCAACCACCUGUGUUCAGUGCAAACCAUUCCACAGAAGAGAUACUGUCAAUAAUGGCCAAGACAAAGGGCUUGGAAGUUCCAGCUGUAUCUAUGUCUCUUCCCACUAAAGUUCUGAACACACACCGGAAGUCUCUGAAUCUUGUUGAUAAUCCUCAUUUCUUUGAGACAAAGGACUGUGAAAAUGUUUUGCACUUACCUAAAGAUGCUCACGGUGAUCUGGAUUGCAGGAAGCUCGUUGAUCAGCUGAAGGAAUGUCCAACACUCCAUGAUCAAGCAGAUAUCUUGUAUAUCUUGCAUAUACUCAAAGGUGCUGACUGGGACACAGAGCUGGAUGGACAGUAUGGGGUCACUGUUCACUGCCUCCUCAAUGAGCUCUACAGAAAGGCAGGCCUCAAUCAGGAGUGGGGCUUGAUCCGUUACAUUUCUGGCAUACUCAAAAAGAGAGUUGAAGUCCUGGCUGAGGCAUGCACAGACCUUCUGUCACACCACAAGCAACUUACAGUGGGCCUGCCACCAGAGCCCCGUGAGAAAAUCAUUACCACCCCACUGCCACCUGAGGAGCUGGCAGAUCUCAUUUAUGAAGCCAGUGGCCAAGACAUCAGUAUUGCAGUCCUGACACAGGAGAUAAUGAUGUACCUGGCCAUGUACGUCCGGUCACAGCCCAGUCUUUUUGUGGAGAUGCUCAGGCUCCGCAUUGGCCUGAUAAUCCAGGUGAUGGCCACUGAGCUGGCACGCAGUCUGAAAUGCUCAGGUGAAGAAGCUUCAGAGAGCUUGAUGAAUCUAAGCCCCUUUGAUAUGAAAAGUCUCCUACAUCAUAUUCUCAGUGGAAAAGAGUUUGGAGUGGAAAGAAGCUUGCGACCUGUAGAUUCCUCUUCAUCCAGCCCUGCAAUUUCUAUUCAUGAGAUGGGGCAUUCUGGAGCAACCAAAACAGAAAGAAGUGGUAUUACUAAAUUGAAGAGUGAGAUGAAGCAGUUCUUUCGUGAGGGGCACUCCAUGUCCAGCAGCAUGUUUGCUUCCACGAGGGGCAGUACUCCAUCAUCUCCCACCAGUGCUUCUCUGACUGGCUCCGGCGGAGACAUGAGCUGGGGCGACAGAAAAGGGCAGUGGCUGCGCAGAAGGAGGCUUGAUGGUGCUAUCAACAGAGUUCCUGUUGGCUUUUAUGAGAAAGUGUGGAAAAUCCUUCAGAAGUGCCAUGGUCUGUCCAUUGAUGGUUAUGUCCUUCCUUCUUCAACCACCAGAGAGAUGACCCCUUGUGAAAUCAAGUUUGCAGUGCACGUGGAGUCGGUGCUGAACCACGUCCCCCAGCCCGAGUACAGGCAGCUGCUGGUGGAGGCUAUUCUGGUGCUGACCUUCCUCUCUGACAUCGAGGUGAACAGCAUUGGGGGCAUCAUCCACGUGGACAGGAUCGUGCACAUGGCCAAUGACCUGUUUCUGCAGGAGCUGAAAUCUUUUGGAGCUACUGGCAGUAUCUUGGAGAAAGACGCAGCCACAGGAAUUUGCCACUUUUUUUAUGACAGUGCUCCCAGUGGAGCCUAUGGCACCAUGACUUACCUAACAAAAGCCAUAAUUAUUUAUUUACACGAUUUCCUGCCCAGCACAGGCUGUGCAAUGCAGUAAGUGACACCUCACAUGGGAGGGAGGCUCAGAGGCUCUUCCUCCCCAGUUCCCUGCCAUGAACCCCUUGGUUGGUUGCUGCCUGUGUGUGUGCCAUGCACUCCCUGAGCACUUGGCACUGCUGGAUGUGCUCUGUGCACACCUACUGCUGGGGACAGGGAGCUGGAAUUUGCCCUGGUUUUAGGAGAGUGUGCAAGAAAUAACAAAUAAUGAGGCUUAUUCUGCCCAAAGUGCAUAAACGUAAUUCGUAUUAAAUUAGCAAGAAUUAUACAGUUCUGCCAAGGGGAAAACAGAUUACUCUGUGGUGAUCAAAAGGCAUAAUAAAAUGAGGGAGCUGCAUCUCAGGCACAGAGUCUCACAAAUAAGGGAAGUGAUGGAAUUCAUUAAUUUUUCUCCUGCUGUGUGUAAAUGUACAUCAUUGUGAAUCACUAAUGCACAGUGUGAAGCAUCCAGGGAAAUGUAAAUUAGAGGAGUAAGAAUAACUUGAAAUAAUGUGGUGAUAUUUUUAAUACCCUUUUUUCCUGAUUCUCUUCUCAUGUGCACCUAGUCAGGGCAGGGCUAAUGCCAGUGGGGACAAACAUCCUACAAUAUCCACUAAUUUGAGAGGAUAGCCUCUGUCAGGAAGCCGCUGUCUUUAAUCUGAAUAGCUUCCUUCCCUGCAUCCCCAAGACUUUGGAGACAAAAUCUCAAGACUCUAGCUUGUCCAGUGUGACAGACAGUUUUAUGCCUGUAAUCCUUUCCUCUGAAUGGAACAAGAUAAACCUCUUCCACUUGAGCACCCUUUCUAAGAUCAUUUCCCUCACAAACAGCCUCAGAAUUAAGAAUGGCAGAAUUGUGGCUUUUCCAGUGUAGCAUGAGUUUAUGGAAGGCUUUGAUGUUUCUCUUUGUUUUGUUUGGGUUUUCUUUUUUUUCUUUUCUUUUUUUUUUUUUUUCCUUUUCCAUUUUUUCUUUUUCUUCUUUUUAGUUUGAAGUCACACUAGUCUCAUGUAAUUAGGGGUUGGGCUGAUGGAAAUCUCCCUGCAGACAGUUCUCAGGUUAAUGCUGGGAGGUGCUGCAGAGGGUAGGUGCAUCCUGCAUGGAAAUGACUCCGUGGCCAUUUAAACUGAAAACAGAGGUAGGCAGCCUUUGGAGAGGAAAACCCUGCCCUACCCCAGGCACUGGCUGUGGUUUUCCUUGUGCCUGUGCUGCUGGCUUUGCCACCAGCCACAUGUCAGUGUCUGGCUCAGAGCUUAGGAAAGUGGCAGUAGCUUCAGCAUCCCAUGGGCACAGACAGGCUCCCUGAGUAGCACUGCUGCGUGUGAGCAGAAAGGAUCAGAGCAAUUCUCUCUUGCCAGGUAUAGGGGAGAAGAGCAGAUAGGCCUGUAAAAAUAAGUACUUUCUGAGCUAGAUAUAAGCCUGAUAAGCUGUUUCUGUGAGCCUCCCCUCUACUCUUUCAAAACAUAACCAUACCAUUUGUAUAGGGCUUUUUUGUUGGGUUUGGGUUUUUUUUAGUAACAAUGGUGUGUGGUGGUUUUGAGAGUGAGGUUUUCAUUUCCAGUAGAAGAAAUGUCCUGUCUCACUUGCCAGCCCUCAUGGGCCUGGGAGGUCUGAGCUCCAAAGGCCGUGACGCCCUGCCUGCUGUCCCUCCACACAGUCACUGCUGCAGUAGCAGCAGCUGGAAACUGGCUCAAGAGGGUGUGGGAGGCCUUAGUGGGAGGUGAUUUCAUGUUUUUUCAGAGACCAGAGGAGUUUGGCAGUCCACAGGACCAGGAGCUCUGUGUUAACCACCAUGGGAACUGUGGGCCUGUGCAGGGGCCAGUAUAAAGUGACAGUUCAGGUACAAUUAGCACUUGGGUGUGGAAGUUAUUUUAUUGGCAUGGUGCCUGUUUUGUAAGGCUUUGCCUUUGUUAUUGUUUGGUUUGGGUUUUUUACCUUUUCAUAUGUAUUGUGAGAGCUCACUUGGCUUGUCUCCCAGUAAAAGGAAUUAAAAUCCUUUGUUUAGUUUAAGCAGAUGUGGCAGUGCAGAGCAUAAUCACAAGAGCAAGGUGAUGACUUUUUAUUCUACCCAGUAUCACACAAAAAGUAGUAACAGUAAUUUUUGCUUUUCUUCUGGAAUCCUAGAUUGAGAGAGAUGCAACAUGACUUUUUGUUCAGACUUCUAUUUUUUUGUUGUUUUUUACCUACUGUGUGAAUUUGUUUUCAGAAACAAGAAGGCUAAUGUUGGUUUUCCAUGCAGCUGCACUGAAGUCUAAAGGAAUGAAAUGUAUGGCCUAACGUACCUGGACACCCCUUAACACUUCUUUGUUUUUGAA